GGUAGUACUGGAGUUGCAGUACCAGGUCGACCUGCUGAACAGCGAGAAACAGAGCUUGGCAGAACAGAUCAAGCAUCUCCAGAGUGAAAUCCACACCCUGAAGAAGAGUAUCUCAACUUCCUCUGUGGUCUCCUUGGGUAAAGAGGAACUUCAAAGGUCAGGUCACUUUUCUGACAGGAGUCCUCAGGAUAGCCAACAUUGUCUGGGCACCAGAGAGGCAUCAUGGCCAGGAGACAUUGUAGCCCAUUUAAGGCAGGAUGCCAGCCUGAAUGUGGACCCUUCCCCUCCUUUGCACCCCAGUGCAAAGUCAAAGAGCCAGAAUUUGGAGAGUCAUAGCUCAACACACCUUGACCAGCCCAACAGGAAUCUCUCACCUGCCUUUCACAAAGCGCUUUUGUCCUUCUGCCGGACGUCCAUUGACAGUCGCCUUGGCUCCGAGGUUUCCCACAUUGCCAGCAGCGAGGAGAGCCUUUUGCUGACGUUGGGCCGCUGCCUGCCCCACAUAGUGCCCAAUGUACUGCUGGCCAAGCGAGAGAGAAUGGUUUUGCACCUGUGUCAGGAGCUGAUCCCCCUCAUCCUCUCCACCGCCUGCCUUCAUCCAGAGCCCAAGGAGCGUGAUCAGCUGCUUCACAUCCUCUUCAACCUUAUCAAGAGACCGGAUGAUGAACAGAGGCAGAUGAUCCUCACAGGGUGUGUGGCCUUUGCUUGUCACGUGGGCCCCACGCGUGUGGAAGCUGAGCUCCUGCCGCAGUGCUGGGAACAGAUCAACCACAAGUACCCUGAGCGGAGGCUGCUGGUAGCAGAGUCUUGUGGAGUCCUCGCUCCGUAUCUGCUGGAUACGAUACGCAGUUCGCUAGUGCUGUCCAUGCUGCAACAGAUGCUGGCAGAGGACAAGUCUGACCCAGUACGGGAGGCCGUGGUCAGGAGCCUGGGUAUCAUCAUGGGCUACAUCAAUGACCCAGACAAAUAUCCCCAGGGCUUCGAGCUAAUGUUGCUGUCCCUGAGUGACCCGUCGGAGCGUGUUGUCUGCGCCGCCCACCAGGUCCUCAUCCCAGCGCUGGCCGCUUGGGCUACCAAGAUGGGCACCUUGCAGAGUCAGCUCCUGACCAGCCUCCUGGCACGCAUCGAGGGGCUCAUCAGGGAAAGUGACCACGGGCUAGAUGAACACAAGCUCCGCACACUCCUGUCAGCCCUGCAAUCCCUCACCCCACCCCUGUUUGCUAUGGUGCUCCAGAGUGCCCCCUUCACGCCUCAGGCCGACCCUCAGGACGGCGCCCCUCCCAUCGAGGUGACGCGGUUCCCCCGCCCAGCGUCCCUCCUCCAGGAUGUGGCUGUCAUCAUCGGUAGCCGUGAGAAGCUGACUGUGCUGCUGCAGCUGUAUGAUCACCAGCUGGAACAUGAGGGCACCACUGGCUGGGCCAGUCUGCUCUGGGUUGUCAACCAGCUGUUACCACAGCUGAUUGGAAUUGUGGGCCGGAUCAGCAUCACCUCGACAACCUGCGUCCAUGAGUUCUCCAGAUUCUUCUGGAGGUUCUGUCGUACGUUUGGGAGGAUCUUCACAAAUACCAAGGUGAAACCACAGUUCCAAGAAAUUCUCAGGCUUUCUGAAGAAAAUGUGGAUGUGACCACUGGGAAUGGAGUCCUUACUAAGGCCACAGUGCCCAUCUAUGCAACUGGGGUUCUCACAUGCUACAAUCAGGAAGAGGACCGCAAGCUGUUAGUGGCUUUCCUAGAAGACGUUAUGAUGACCUUGUCUUUGUCACAUGCCCCGCUGGACAGUCUGAAAGCAUCUUUUGUGGAACUUGGUGCUAACCCAGCAUACCAUGAACUACUCCUGACUGUCCUCUGGUAUGGAGUUGUACACACCUCUGCCCAUGUACGCUGCACAGCUGCUCGGAUGUUCGAGCUGAUUCUUCGAGGCAUGAGCGAAGCCUUAAUUGACAAGCGAGUUGCCCCAGCUCUAAUAACCUUGUGCAGUGAUCCCGAAUUCUCAGUAAGGAUAUCCACCAUACCGGCAUUUGGCACAAUAAUGGAAACAGUGACGCAAAAGGAGCUGCUCGAAAGGGUGAAAAUGCAGCUGGCCUCUUUCCUGGAGGACCCCCAAUACCAAGACCAGCAUUCUCUGCACAUGGAAAUCAUCGGGACGUUUGGCAGGGUGGGCCCCAAUGCGGAGCCCCGGUUCCGGGACGAGUUUGUCCUUCCGCAUCUGUACAAGCUGGCACUGGCCAACAACCUGCAGGCAGCCAAGACCAAGAGGCUGGACAUCGCCACACAGCUCUUCGAGGCAUACAGUGCUCUGUCCUGCUGCUUCAUUUCAGAGGAGCUCAUGGUGAAUCACUUUCUCCCUGGGCUGCGAUGUUUACGAAAUGACAUGGAGCUGCUUUCUCCUGAACAUGAGGUGAUUUUGACCUCCAUGAUAAAAGAAUGUGAGCAGAAGGUGGAAAGCAGGAGCAUCCAGGAGCCACUGGGGUCUGUGUCACUUGCAGCAAGUCUUGUGAGCGAAGAUGCAAAGACCAAGUUUCUGAGCAAGAUGGGUCAACUGACCACGUCUGGCGCCAUGCUGGCCAACGUGUUCCAGAGGAAAAAGUGAUGCUCUCUAGAAAUUCUGUGGAAUGGAUCUCCACUCUCUCGGACCUCCUACUUGAAGUCAAUCAUCUGCCUUUAACUGUGCCAGUUUUUCAGUUGGCCUUCAAGUUCCUAUUUAUGUUUCAUAGUUAUUUCAAUUGAGCCUUUAAACAAUUUGAAUGGUUACUUUUCUGUUUUCAGUUGCUGUUGAGUUUUUCAGACUUAAUUCUCAUUGUUUCAUUUAAGCCUCCAAAGAAUUUUGCACCUAGCCUAACUACUGUUUUCAUUCUACAUCUAAUUUACACUUUGUAUUUAUUAUGUAUUUAUGUAUCAUUAUGCUGUAAAUGUGUUUUUUCUAAU